AUGUUUCGCACAAUCGAUGGCAUUGCCACCGGAAGCAAUACCGAGGACCGAGUAAAGAAACUCGAAGCACUAGUCACCGAGCUCAAGAAGAUAGUACAGGACCAACAAAAUCGCAUCGAAGAACUUGAGAAAGCAAAUGUUCAGAAGACAGUAGAUGAUUUACAGAAGCGUAUGGAAGACCUUGAGAAAUGGCCGGGUACUGGUGAAGAAGCUAUUUUGAAGGAUGCAAGUCAGGAUGCACCACAGGCGGAAAGUCAAGCUGGGCCUUCGACAGAAGGAAAAGCUGAAACUUCGACUGAUGAUUGA